CCUCCUCUUCCUGUCAAACACCGCGCCCUCCUCUCCACCAGGCUCCCACGCCCACCACACAGCCUGGAGCCCUGGAGAAGCUAUAGGCUCUGACUCCGCCUCUUCCCAAAUUCGGAGUAGUUGGUGCCACAGUAGUCCUCGGAACCCUGUGGCGCCUUCAUCACCCGUUUCAGGGCCCCUUGAUUCCCACCCCCACCUUCUUAGUCCUCCUGCCCUAUCUGCUUUCCAUCUUCUUGGAAUUCGCCUUGCCGCCGCCCCGCGCCCACACCGCUCCCCCACCCCGCCCCGCGCCCAGUCCCUUGCCCUUAUGGAUUUAUUCUUUACACCUAAAUAUGUCUUUCCUCUUUUUGAAAGGAUUUGGAGUUGGAACAGAGAAAUUCACUAUGGAUGAUGCUAUAUCUUUAUAUGACCUUUGGAAUAUCUGUAAUCAUCCUGAGGGCAAAACUUAUGUAAUGAAGAUGGAAGAAGAGAGAAUAGGAAUACUCUGUGCGCUUUGAUCUUAUCAUUUUGCUGUUGAUCAUACCAUCCCUGGAGUCCUACUUCUGACUCCAAGUUAUGAGGUGAAAUGUAUAGAUGUUGUUCAGGCUUAUAUCAACAGAAUCAAGGACGUGAACCCAAUGAUCAAUGGAAUUGUCAAGUACAGGUUUGAGGAAGCAAUGAAGGAGGCUCAUGCUGUAGAUCAAAAGCUUGCAGAGAAGCAGGAAGAUGAAGCCACCCUGGAAAAUAAAUGGCCCUUCCUUGGGGUUCCUUUGACAGUCAAGGAAGCUUUCCAGCUACAAGGAAUGCCCAAUUCUUCUGGACUCAUGAACCGCCGUGAUGCCAUUUCCAAAACAGAUGCCACCGUGGUGGCAUUACUGAAGGAAGCUGGUGCCAUUCCCCUUGGCAUAACCAACUGUAGUGAAUUGUGUAUGUGGUAUGAAUCCAGUAACAAGAUAUAUGGCCGAUCAAACAACCCAUAUGAUUUACAGCAUAUUGUAGGUGGAAGUUCUGGUGGUGAGGGCUGCACACUGGCAGCUGCCUGCUCAGUGAUUGGUGUGGGCUCUGAUAUUGGUGGUAGCAUUCGAAUGCCUGCUUUCUUCAAUGGUAUAUUUGGACACAAGCCUUCUCCAGGUGUGGUUCCCAACAAAGGUCAGUUUCCCAUGGCUGUGGGAGGCCAGGAGUUGUUUCAGUGCACUGGUCCGAUGUGCCGCUAUGCUGAAGACCUGGCCCCCAUGUUGAAGGUCAUGGCAGGACCUGGGAUCAAAAGGUUAAAACUAGACACAAAGGUACAUUUAAAAGACUUAAAAUUUUACUGGAUGGAACAUGAUGGAGGCUCAUUUUUAAUGUCCAAAGUGGACCAAGAUCUCAUUUUGGCUCAGAAAAAGGUUGUGGUUCACCUUGAAACUAUUCUAGGAGCCUCAGUUCAACAUGUUAAACUGAAGAAAAUGAAGUACUCUUUUCAGUUGUGGAUCACAAUGAUGUCAGCAAAGGGACAUGAUGGGAAGGAACCUUUGAAAUUUGUGGAUUUGCUUGGUGACCAUGGGAAACAUGUCAAUCCUCUGUGGGAGCUGAUCAAAUGGUGCCUGGGUCUGUCAGUGUACACCAUCCCUUCCAUUGGGCUGGCUUUGUUGGAAGAAAAGCUCAAAUAUAACAAUGAGAAAUACCAAAAGUUUAAGGCAGUGGAAGAAAGCCUGCGUAAAGAGCUGGUGGAGAUGUUAGGUGAUGAUGGUGUAUUCUUAUAUCCCUCACAUCCCACAGUGGCACCUAAGCAUCAUGUCCCUCUAACACGGCCUUUCAACUUUGCUUACACAGGUGUCUUCAAUGCCCUGGGUUUACCUGUGACCCAGUGCCCACUGGGGCUGAAUGUCAAAGGACUUCCUCUAGGUAUCCAGGUUGUGGCUGGACCCUUUAAUGAUCAUCUGACCCUGGCUGUGGCCCAGUACUUGGAGAAAACUUUUGGGGGCUGGGUCUGCCCAGGAAAGUUUUAGGAGGACCUUCUGCAAGGUUAAUGUCUGUGUGUGUGUGUGUGUGUGUGUGUGUGUGUGUGUGUGUGUGUGGUGGUGGUGGUGGUGUUUCUGUUAAUUGGGUGAAAUCAAGCACCAGCAGGCAAGCAGAAAAACAACUGGGGAAUUUAUUGACUCAUUUAGUUAUUCUUUCUACUUUUAUUUCCUUCUCUAACUGUUGAUCUUACUAAAAUGGUAAUAUUUGCUUCUUGCCUUUAUGUUACUGGAAAAUUAAGACAUGUAAAUGGACAAGUGCAAUAAAGUUUCCUAAAUGCUGGAA